GGUGACGACUCUUCCCUUGACGUGAAAAAAAAAUACUGACUUUUCUACAUUCUCUCCACACUAUAAAUUGACUUAGUUUCUCAUAAAAUCAAAAACACCUUAAACCAAAGCUAAACUGUUUGGAAGAAACAAUUACGGAGCCAUGUUCGUGAAGCUCCUCACCAUUGUCUUCUUCUUCUUUAGUCUACUCUCUCAACUUCCAAAAUCAUCUUCCAAAGUUUUUAACUUCACUUACAAUGGCUUCACUCCUCCACUGACUGACAUAUCCCUCCAAGGGAUCACCACAGUCACCCCCAACGGUCUCUUGAUGCUAACCAACUACACAGAGCAGAGAACGGGUCACGCCUUCUAUACCAAACCAAUCCGGUUCAAAGAUUCUCCAAACGCCACCGUUUCUUCCUUCUCCACAACUUUCGUCUUCGCUAUUCAUUCUGAGAUCCGGAUACUUAGUGGCCACGGCAUGGCUUUCGUCGUUGCUCCUAACGCAAGCCUCCCUGACGCAACAUCAAGUCAAUACCUGGGUCUCUUCAACAUCUUAACCAACGGUAAUGACACAAAUCAUGUCUUUGCAGUCGAACUGGAUACCAUCCGGAGUACCGAGUUCAAUGAUACGGACGAUAACCAUGCCGGAAUCAAUAUCAAUAGCUUACAUUCAGAGAAAAGUUCGUAUGCUGGGUAUUGGGACAAGAAAGGCCAUUUUAAGAAUCUGACUUUGAUAAGUCGCAGAAGGAUGCAGGUUUGGGUCGAUUAUGAUGGUCAUACCCAUCAACUCGAUGUAACAAUGGCUCCGUUCAGAAAGAAUAAACCUACGAAACCACUUGUUUCCAUCGUCAGAGAUCUGUCUUCGGUUCUUUUGCAAGAUAUGUUCGUAGGUUUCUCGUCUUCGACAGGUUCUGUUCGUUCUGAACAUUAUGUUCUCGGAUGGAGUUUCCGGGUGAAGGGGAAAGCUCCGCCGUUGGCCUUAUCGAAACUUCCCAAAAUUCCGAGGUGGGAGCCCAAAAGAAUCUACAUCAUCUACAAGACUUGGAUGCCGUCUCUUUCCUUAUUUUUGAUUCCCCUCUUAUUCAUUUCCAUGCUCAUCUUACUCGUACGCUUCAUCAUAAGGAGGAGGAGAAAGUUCGAGGAGGAACUCGAAGAUUGGGAAACAGGGUUUCGGAAGCACCGAUUGAAGUUCAAGGACUUGUACUAUGCCACCCAAGGGUUCAAGGAGGAGGACCUUCUCGGAUCAGGUGGGUUUGGAAGCGUGUAUAGAGGUGUCAUGCCUAAGACAAAGAAAGAGAUUGCUGUGAAAAGAGUCUCCAACAAAUCCCGACAAGGGUUGAAAGAGUUUGUGUCUGAGGUCGUGAGUAUCGGUCGGAUGAGCCACCGGAACUUAGUCCCUCUCAUGGGUUAUUGCCGCAGGAGAGACGAGCUUCUUCUGGUGUACGAUUACAUGCCCAAUGGAAGCUUAGACAAAUAUUUCUACAAUAAUCCGGAGGUAACCCUCGACUGGAAACAGAGGAUUAAAGUCAUUAACGGCGUGGCCUCCGCCUUAUUCUACCUUCACGAGGAAUGGGAACAAGUGGUGAUUCACCGCGAUGUCAAAGCAAGCAACGUCUUGUUAGACGCAGAGCACAACGCGAGACUCGGGGAUUUUGGUUUAGCUCGAUUGUGCAGUCAUGGUUCGGACCCUCAAACCACCCGAGUCGCUGGAACAUGGGGAUACCUAUCCCCCGAUCACGUCAGGACAGGACGGGCCACUACUGCUACCGAUAUGUUUGCCUUUGGGGUGCUACUACUAGAAGUGGCUUGCGGUAGACGUCCUAUCCAGAUUCAGAACGAGGGUGGUGAGAGGGGCUUGCUCUUGGAUUGGGUUUUUGAGUUUUGGAGUGACGGAAACAUUUUGGAUGCUAAGGAUCCGAAUCUAGGGACGGAAUGUGAUCAAAGAGAAGUCGAAAUGAUUUUGAAACUAGGUUUGUUGUGCUCUCACUCCAACCCACAAGCUCGACCAAGUAUGAGACAAGUGUUAAAUUAUCUAAGCGGAGAUGCGGUGCUACCAGAUUUGUCACCUUUGGAAUUUCGUGGGCUGGGAAUCCACCAUGGAAUUGGUGAGCUAGACAUGUUUACAUGUGGAUCUUCGAUGGUUGAUUCUAUACUCUCCGGUGGGAGGUGA